UUCAAUAUGGAGAGAGUUUCCCCAUUUUUCCUACUUUCCAAACUCCUAUUGUAUUCUUGUCUUAGCUUUGCUACAACUCAUCAAAUCAAUACUGAUGAUGAGUCUCCACUUCUUGCCUUCAAAUCCCUCAUCACUUCAGAUCCUCACAAGAUUUUGAAAAACAAUUGGACCGCCGGAACCUCUGUUUGUACAUGGAGGGGAGUUACUUGUGAUUCAUCUAAUAGUAGAGUGACUCAUUUACAUCUCAACCAUAAGGGACUCAAAGGUUGCAUCGCACCAGAAAUCGGAAAUCUUUCUUUUCUCGUUUCGCUAGAUUUGAGCGACAACUAUUUCCAUGGUCCCCUACCAAAGGAUAUUUGCAGAUAUAACAACCUUCCAAGACUCAAAGAACUUCAGCUUUUCAAUAACAAAUUGGAGGGAGAAAUAGCAGUGAGUUUGGGUGAAUGUCCACAACUUGAGCUUCUUGAUUUGUCAUUCAACAACUUUAGUGGACAUGUGCCUACACAAAUUGGGAACAUCACACACCUUAAGACACUAGACCUUGGUUCUAACAAUCUGAGAGGUACUAUUCCCAAAGAAAUUGGCCUUCUUAAGAAGUUGAAGGUGAUGGAUUUGUCUUAUAACAAACUUAGCGAAGCAAUCCCAAGAGAAGUGUGGAAUAUAACAAAUCUCAUUCAAUUAUGGCUUUCAGAUAAUUUUCUAAGUGGAGUUAUUCAACAAGAGAUUGGUCAUCUUGCUAAUUUACGACGGUUGGACAUGAGCUCGAACGAAUUGUCAGGGUCUUUGCCGUCGGCCGUUUUCAACAUAUCUUCUUUGGAUACCAUCGACCUAUCAAGUAACACACUUUGUGGUGCAUUUCAUUCGGAAAUUCAGAACUUGAAAGCACUGACACACUUAAGGCUUGGCAACAAUGCUUUAAUUGGUCCAAUACCAUCCGUCAUUGGGAAUCUUACAAAUCUGGAGUACUUAGGUCUCUCUUCCAACAAAUUAAAUGGUCCAAUACCAUCCACCAUUGGAAAUCUUUCAAAUCUGAGUCACUUAUCGCUCUCUUCCAACAACUUGAAUGGUCCAAUACCAUCCACAAUCGGAAAUCUUUCAAAUCUGGAGUUCUUAUAUCUCUCUUCCAACAAUUUAAAUGGUGAACUCCCAUCCUCCAUCUGCAUGUCAGCCAUUCGUAUUCUUCUUCUCUCAAAUAAUACUUUGGAAGGAAGACUGCCACACUGCAUCGGAUCUUUGACCAUCUUUCAUCUCAACCAAAAUCAAUUUAGUGGCCUCAUUCCCUCUACAUUUUAUAAGGAUUGUAGUCUUAUGUCCAUUAAUUUAGGUGAUAACAAAUUCCACGGACGUUUACCUAAAUCCUUAGUCAAUUGCAAAAGUCUAGAAGGCCUCGACAUUGGAAAUAAUAGAAUACAAGAUGAAUUUCCCUUUUGGAUGGAACGCCUACGUAAGCUUCGGGUGCUAGUGUUGAGGUCUAACAAGUUUGGUGGUAACAUGUCAUUUCAUUCAACAACCAAGUUUCCAUUUCCUAGGUUGCAAGUUUUAGAUGUAUCUCAUAAUGAAUUUAUGGGCUCUCUACCUCAAAGGUAUUUCAACAAUUUCAGUGCAAUGGUUGAGCCAACAAAAAUUGAAAAUGAUGAGUUUCUAAGUUAUGUGGAGAUGAGGCUCAUCUUGAAAGGUCAGGAUCAGUUAAUUGAUAGACUAUUGGAAACCUUCACGACAAUUGACUUAUCCUCCAAUAGAUUAACUGGAACUAUUCCACCUUCCAUGGGAAAUCUUAAGAUUCUCAAAUAUUUGAACUUGUCCCAUAAUAACCUCAUUGGACAUAUACCUUCAUCUCUCGGAAACAUGAUCGAACUUGAAUCGUUGGACUUGUCAACAAACAAAUUGGAUGGAGAAAUUCCAAGUGAAUUGACAAGGUUGACAUUUCUUGCGAAAUUAAACCUUUCAAUGAACAAUCUUCUUGGGCAAAUACCACGAUCUAAGCAGUUCUCCACAUUUGAGAAUGAUUCAUAUAUGGGAAACUUGGGAUUGUGUGGAGUUCCGUUGACAAGAAAAUGCAACGAGGAUGAUGGGAAAUCGAUGUGGCCUGCAAAAGAAGAAGUUGAAUAUGAAUUUAUAGAUGGAUUUGGUUGGCGAUGUGUUGUGAUGGGAUAUGGAAGUGGAUUUGUGGUUGGGAUUGGAAUUGGUUACAUGAUUAUAAGAAGUGGAAAGCCAAGAUGGUUAGUGGAAUUCUUUUUUGGUGUUGGAUAUAAAUAUAAGACGAAAAAGAGACGCAACAAAGCAGCACCAACACGCAGAGGAACUUAGAUUGGAAGACCCAAUGAUUAUCCAUCUAGGAUUGAAUUGUGAUAUUGAAUCUCAUGAUGAAACACACUAUAUAUUUAAUCUUGGAUAUAAUCUUACAAAUCAAACACCCACUAAUAACAUUCUUUUUGUCUCUAACUUUACUAAUUUAUAGUAUUAAAAUUCAUGGCAUUCUUAGAGUCAUUAUUUUUAUAGAACGGAUAGAAUAAUGUAUUUUGAACUUUUUCUAAUAACAAAUUCUUGAUUUUCUUAUAUUGUCGCAUCUUCCGUGUGACUAAUACUACAUCUCUAAAAUUUAUAUCUUAUUCAAAAAUUACAAUGAAAUUACUGGCUCUGAGUUAGUUAAAUUAAUUAGUUGCCUUCUU